AAAUUUGACAGAGAUGUCAUGUAACACCUAUCAUUUUUCAAAUCUACCUGUCAAAUUUCUGUUGGAACCACCAUUAUAAAUUUACAAGUCACAAAACACGGUCCAUUCCAUGCCUGCUACAAACUAGAAUCCCUCUAGUUACCGAACCAAAAUGUCGAGAGUAAUCUGGGCUUUCCAUAGAGAGAAGAAUCAGUGUUAAUGGAGUAUAACCUAAAAUGCCAGCUCUGUGGAAAGCAAAUAAGCGUUACUCCUGAAACCCCCUGCGCGUUGGGGGAACACCUUUUGGAACACCAUCCCGAUGAAGAGUUGACAUUCUUUUCCUGCGAAGAAGAUGAAAGCGAAAAAUCCCGCAAGUGUUGUAAGUGCCCCUCGAAAACCAAGAAAAAAAUCAUAAAAGUUCGGAAUUUAAAUAGACUGAGCAUAUCGAAGAGAAGUCUUUUCAAAACUACAGUGGAAACCUGGAAACCAGGCCCCGUAAAAGUUAUUUGUCCUAAGUGCAAAAUAAACGACCGACCCUGUAUUAGAAAACAAAGGAACAAGGUUGCCUACACCGCUUUGGGAGCCUUCUUCAUUCUGACUUGCUGGCCUCUUUGUUUCAUACCGUUUUUGAUGCCAAAGGGCAGCACCGUGGAUUUAUUCUGCAAACAUUGCGGCAACUAUUUAGGAGAAUACAACAGGGCAACAGGUUCUCUGAAGUGUGCUUGUAAACUACGAGACAAAAAGGCUAGUUACCCUCGAAAUAUUUGUUCGGAGUUGGGUUAGUUCAUCUGGAAAAAAUAUAUGCUCCAACACGA